CGGAUAUUAAGCUACGCGUCGCAUAUAUAAUUUUAGUUCGCUUAGCUUUAGAUUUUCCAUGAUACGUAUAGCAAGGUCAGAGCCCAGUCUUGACUACUCUUACGCGCCGUGACACGCGUCGCGUGUGUAAUUUGGGUUCGCUUAGCUUUAGAUUUUCCACAAUACGUACAGCAAAGUCAGAGCAGUCUUAACUACUCUUACGCGCUGUAACUAGCCUGUUCGAAUCUUUCUUUUACACCACCUAAAACCCGCCACCUCCUUUAAAACGUUAUGUUAAUAUCGUAGAUAUCUUGUAAUAGAAGUUAAGAAAACCUCGGCCAGAUCAGAUGGCCAGCCAGGAGAGGCCGGAAUGGUGGAAGCCAUCGCUUUAUCCUACUGUUGAUAUUUCUCCUAAGAAUGAAGAUACUGCCUUGUCUAAAGUUGUUCACCUUCAGCCGCCCAGUCCGCGCGCACCUGGGAUACUGACCAUUGCGUCGUGUCACGUGUCUGGGCUGAGAUUUCCCGACCAUGUUCGAGGGUCUGGGUACACAGGAUCAGGUGCAGCGAUUGUACAAAACAAGUGGCAGGUCUACGCGAUCCUAGAAUAUGAGGCAUUCCAGGAACGCAUUGAAGACUUCAACUGGGAUAUUUCAGGGCGUGUGAGGUGGUCACAAAUCCACGGACCGCUGAAAUUUGAUAUUUACAGGCCUUCCCAGCUGACUGUACAUCUUUUGGUUAGAUCAUCUAGUUGCUCGGGGUUGAAAGAAGAGCUGCAAGUCAUACCCCUUGGACUGAUCAAAUACAACCCCUUCCAAGAAACCGAUUCCCCGGAUCGAGGCUGGAGAAAUAUCCAAGACAGCACCGUUAAGAUUCGAAUCAAUGUCUCAUACAUCGAGAAAAAGGGACCGGACCCUGAUGUUUGGCAAAACUGGACACAAGAAUGGUCCGUCUUGAAGAACACCAGUUAUGCAUAUGUCACAUGUAAAAGAGGGAACGGCAAUCGAAAGUAUGCUAUGAGGACGUUGCCUCUGGUUGUACUUGACGCUGAUUCUGAUAUUACGCAAAAUAUUCGCUCUAAGAUUCAGCAACAUCCUUUCAUUGCACCACUGCAAUUCGUUUUCGAGUCUCCCCAAGGACUAAGCCUUCUUUCGCCGGUACCCAGUAGUGGUCACCUUUUUUAUUACCUGCAAAAGGAACGACGCUUCGAACUUGAUAAAGUCAUGUUUUACGCUGCUGAGCUAGUCUGUGUAUUGGAGCAUCUGCAUGGGCUGGGCAUUAUAGCCUCUUUAAAGCUCGAAAAUAUUCUUUUGGACUCCUUUGGUCACAUCAGCCUAUGCAGCCCUAACAUCUUUGGGCUGGCUUCGAACGAUAAGAAUUGCCUUUUGUUAGGGACCGAGUACCCAGCACCUGAGCUCCUUACCGGGGGAGAGAUAUCCGAAAAAGUCGAUUGGUGGGGUUUUGGGAUUGUUCUCUAUGAGAUGAUGGUUGGAUUGCCGCCAUUCCAACAUAAAAACGCUGGCGAGCAACGUCAGAAGACUCUCAGUCAAGCUCUGCAGAUCCCUAAAGGAUUCCCUCCAGCUGCCAACGACAUUUUGCACAGUCUGCUUCAGAAGAGUCCCGCGAAUCGUCUCGGGGCAAACGGAGCCUCAGAGUUGAAAACUCAUGCAUUCUUCCAUGGCAUCAACUGGCAAGAGCUUCUCCAACGUAAACAAAUGAGCCCACUGAUGCCAGUUAAUAUAUCAACAUCCUUCGUUCCGAACCCAAAAGCACCAAAGCAAAGAUCUACACCAUUUGUGGUAAAUGGGGUAGACAUCAGAAACAAAUUUAAAGCUAUAACAUUGGAGUCUCACAAAGGAGAAGAAAAUCGAGUCAAUGUCUACGAUGACGUUGCACUUGACGCCUAUAAACACGGGUGGGAGUUGGUCUGGGAUCAAAACAUUCGACAAUUUCAUUUCAAAAACCGUCUAACUGACGAGAAACGACCAGUUGGCCCUCAAGGCUCCUAUACAACGGUAGAAGCAGAAAAAGCCCCAAGAACUGCAAGCGUAUCCAAAAGCAAUCCUACAGUGCCGGAAGAUAAUGACGAGGCAAUAUCGCGGCGUCCUAGCGUGGAUCAAAAACGGGACGCGUUGGCGGCUGCACUGAAAGCUGGGUACAACAGCCGCGUGGUCUCGCAGAUCCUGACAUAUGAUAUAGAUCUCAACAUAGCCAUACUCAAGUACGAUCACAAGCGUGAUUCCAUCAUAGAUGCGAUUCCGGUCACGCCCUUAGAAUGGGCUGUGGAGCAUGAACAACUCGAUUUGGUCAACAUAUUCUUAGACAACGGCGCCGACGCGAACCACACCUAUAGCGUGGCAAUAGGACCUGCUCUACAUAGGGCAGUCAGGAAAAAGAACCAAGAAAACAUAGCUGCUCUUCUCAAGAAAACAAACCGGCUUUUUUCGACAAGAGCUCUCUGCUCAGCGAUAGAGAUGCAAGACACCACAAGCGCUAGUACAUUACUCGCCGAUGGCGUUUGCUGUGAUUUCAAAAGAUCGGAUUUUACUCCUCCUAACCCUCCCGAUAUAUACGACUCCAGAUCUGGCGUACCUACACUCUCAGCCUUCCAUCUUACACCCCCCAUCGUUCGAGCAACCGUACUAGGUAACGCCGAACCUGGUUCGGAUGCUACUUGCGUAUGGUGCUGAUGCCGACGCUGGCUACCACUAUCUAUGCCUUCGCGUGGAUCACCAAGACACAGAGGUGGAGAUACCAGCAGUUUUCUCUUGUGGGAGGGUGAUACAGCUUGCGAUGUAGAAGAAGAACACGAAAAUUGUUGAAUUACUUCUCGACAGCGGGGCAGAUAUCACGCUUCCAAGGUCGGAGAUCUGGGACCCACACCACGUAUGCCCGAUGAUAUCAAGGCCCGAAUAUGUAGAGUUAAUAGCAAGCCUGGAAGAUUUUGUUACAGCGAGGGCACAGGCAGUAACAAGCAGCUAAAAGGC